CCGCCUUGAAUCCAAGAUGAUCACAUGCUAGUCAUGUGACCUUUCGAGCGCUUUCUACGGAAGCCUUUACGUUACCUCACAUGCUUCGUGCGUCAUUCUGCUACAAGUCAUAACGGACAGAGACUUUCUUCUGCGCUUUCUGCUGUAGAUACUCAAGGGGUUGCUGUGUACUCCCAGGUGACCUCAGAUAGGGGCAGACUGAGUUCAGCAACCAUGGCGCUAGAACUGGUGGGGUACUGGAAACUGGAGAAGAAUGAGAACUGGGAUGAGUACAUGGCUGCAGCAGGUGUGAACAUCUUGCUAAGAAAAGCGGCGCUUAACAUCACGAGCUACGAGGAGAUAAGUGUUGAGGAAGACAACCAGGAGCAAUGGCACAUCAAGCACACCUCAACGUUCCGGUCGCGCGAGUCUCACCCGGUCGUGGGCCAGGAGUUUGAGGAGACCACAAUGGACGGGAGGCGAGUCAAGUCUGUUCUGACCAUAGAGGGCAACAAGCUGGUGUAUCGUCAGAAGGCGAUGACCGAGGGAGAGAUCGACACGACAGUCACGCGAGAAGUGCUCAGUGACGGACGAUUAUUGACGACGUUUGUUGCUGAAGGCAAGGACGUCACUGCUCGCCGCUACUUCGUGCGGUAUCAACCAGUGUGACGUGACGUCACUCCCCAAAUACACGUCUACCGUUCUAGGCUGGUAGAUGCAAAGGUUGUCUGUAUAGUUACGAAUGAAACCUUUUGACGAGACUUCAGACAACCAUGGGACACAAUCUGCAUACAGCGGUGAUGGCUGCUAAGCUGUGGGUUAUGUGGUUCUCUGGUUUGGCUUCCUGGGAGAUGUCCUCAAUGAUUUUCAAGGGAUGAGACCACCAGCCGGAGAUGCCUUAAUUACAGACAAAUAAAGAGCAGUUUAGACGUUCCAAGUUC